GCCGGUCUGAGUUUAAAGUUUCGUUUGAAAGCAGCUGUGGCUGGCAGUUGUACAGUUUAGUCUGGAGAGAUCCCAACCAAGAGAGAGAGAGAGAGCGCGCGCUAGCAGCGGGAACAAGAAAACAAAAAAGACGACGAAGAAGAAGAAGAGGAAGAGACGAAUUUCCCUGCUUUACGAUCCGGACAUGGCAGCUUCUGUUGCCAUCUCCUUCUCCACCCCGCGCUCUCCUUCUUCUCCCCCUUCUCAAUCUAAAUCUUCUUCUUUCCAACACUGCCGUAGCCUUCCUCCUUCCUCUCUUUCAUUUUCUUCUUCUCAUCCUCCUCCGAAUCUCCGAAUCCUCAUCUCCGUCACAAACCCUAGGAAAACCCGAGCCUUAGUCCGCGUCUCCUCCAAUUCAGACUCUUCGUCGUCUUUCGAGGGUGAUUUCGGCUCUGAUUCCCCACCGUCCUCUGCUGAUAAGAAAUCAGUCCUCUCAAAGUUGAUACAAGAGAUAGAACCAUUGGAUGUUAGCCUCAUCCAGAAAGAUGUUCCACCUACUACCUUAGAUGCUAUGAAGCGGACUAUUUCAGGCAUGCUGGGCUUACUUCCAUCAGAUCGGUUUCAAGUUUAUAUAGAGGCUCUGUGGGGACGUCUCUCCAAGUUAUUGUUCUCCUCAAUGAUGACAGGGUACACAUUGCGAAAUGCGGAGUAUAGGCUUUGUCUUGAACGAAACCUUGUUAUAGCAGAGGAAAAUCUUGACCAUUGUCCUACAGAAAAUUCUGCAUCAGAUUUGCUUGGAACAGUGGACAGUCCAACUGCAAAUCAGUGUUUGGGAAACAAUAUGCAGUUUGAAAAGGUUGUCGAAGAAUCAGGAGACGAUAAUGUUAUUCAAGGCCUUGGUGAAAUUCCCCCAGAAGCACAGCAGUAUAUUCUUCAUUUGAAGUCUCGUCUAUCUUCUAUGAAGAAGGUGAUUCCAAUGGUGGCAAACAAUGAUGGAGUAUCACAGAAUGAAGCCUGGAACUUUAUGAAAUCAAGCGGAGAAGUGAUGCUCUUCAAAUGCAACAGUUUGUUGGUGAAGAAAAGAAUGAUUUAUUGGACUACUUACGAUCCUUAAAACCUGAAAAGGUGGUAUUCUCUGAACUGUUCAAUGUUUUUUUUGUAUUGUUGAGAACUCUUUUAUGGAAUUAUGAUUGCAUGUGUUCUUCUUGUAGCUGCUUCUUUGGGCUUUGAACUUGGAAUGCUUGGUUUAGUUGGAUUUACGAUAACAUAUCCUUUUACAGUGUGUUGUUAACUAUGACCAAAUAAGUCUGUGGAGACAAAUACAUCUUCUCAUUACAUGUAUACACGAUGAAUAUAUGUUUGUAUUUUCCUGAUGCAUCACGUUUAAGUUCCAGACUGCAUCUUAGAAUGAUUCUGACUCCUAUGUUACCGGGGAUGAAGAUUGAGGACCAACUAUUUCUUCCUUGUCUUUUGGCAAGGUCUUUAUGUGAAGUGAAGCUAUGGUUCUCACAGUAAGAGGUACUAUGUCGGCAGGGAUGCUGUUUCAGACAGUAAAACUUACUGGAAACAUUACUGUGCUAUAGCAUUUAAGAUGUAAGAUUUGGAAAUUCGAGCAUUAGAAGCCAUUUUAAAGGGGCUGUUUCAUUGUCAGAUUGAUGACCUUGGUUGUUAUGAGAAUACCCCCUGAAGUUGUUAGACAAAGCCAGCUCAGUUUGGUUUGGUUCUAUCCAGUCAAUUACAGUGGUUUUUAUGACAAUUCUUCUGACUUUUAGUCUGAUAAAAGUUGGUGGGUUUAUAGGGACAAACCAAUGCCUUGCCUUAACCGUUCGAUCAGCACAUUGAAUGACAAAAUUUAACCGUGGCAAUCAGGUUGUAGCACCUUACUUUCUGUUAGAGUUGCUUUUGAAGUGCGCUCUCCCUUUUGUCAUUUCCGAUUCCCAUAUUUCUCAUGGUGCUAUUUGUCUUAGAUAAUCUUGCCAGCCGCUUGUGAUGUGGUGUUCUCUUUAUUUUUUUUAUAUUUUGCUUGCAUCUGAUGCUAUUCCUGCAUGAACAGGUAGCCGAGCUGUCUGAACCUACAUCCCAUGAAUUGAAAGAGACUAUUCACUCUGUAGUUCAUGGUCUUCUUGCAACUCUUUCUCCAAAGAUGCACUCUAAGCCUCCCCCUCAAUCAGAGUCCACAUCAGCUGGAUCUGUGAAUGGCGGUGGUGAAGAUUGUGCUGAACUUGUUGAGAACACUUCACUUCAGUUCCAGCCGCAGAUUUCAUUGACCAGGGACUAUCUGGCACGCCUACUUUUCUGGUGCAUGCUGCUGGGACACUACCUACGGGGCCUCGAGUAUCGUAUUGAACUGUCGGAACUCCUGUCCUUGACAAAUGAUGGAGAAAGCGAUGCAAAUUGAAGCCGGUCGGAUUAAAACAUGUUUUUUGUAGAUGUAAAUAGAUGCCAGGGCAUCAUCACUGCACACAAGAUUCUUUUUUCCAGCAAGGAAAGGAAGAAGGAAGCAGUAUGCAAUUACUGCGUAUCAGUACUGUAGAUAUGAGGAGUUGAGGACGCCACUUUUUAUUUAUUUUUAUUUAUUUACGUCAUUAUUUCAUUCAGGUGCUGGUAAAAGAUUAGCUUUUUAUUAUGCCACAGAGAAUAAUCAUAAAACAAAAACAGAAAAAAAGCAUUUUAUAACCGAAAUGUGAUGGUAUUAGUAAUUUUAUUGUAAAUUAAACAUUAUUUCUAGCCCUAUAAUUUUAGAGCACUGCGCUAGUUACAUGAGCUAGGAUUGGAAUUUUCGCCGGCAAGACUCUCAUUGGUGGACAACUCUUGUCUUUCUGCUUCUUGAUCGGC